AUGUACAAAUGCCACGGGACGGUCGAUGCAUUUUACCCGAAUCUUGGAAUUGGUCUUAUGUACCUUUUAAUGGGAGUAUUCUGCCAAAUUAUGUACAUUCCUUGUAUUAUUGUUAUGGCUCGGCCACCCUUAUUUCAAAUGCCGUGUUUCAAAAUAAUGGUAUACAUGGGAGUUGUCGACGUCAUCUGUCUCGUAAUUUGCGCAGAUUUAGCUGGAAUUUGGCAAAUCACGGGUCAGACUUACUGCCACUCCCCACUCGUUUCCUACAUCCUGGGCAAUAUUUCUAUGGGAUUGUGGGCCGCUACGUGUUUCUGUUGUGUAUUCCUGGCUUUCAAUCGGACAUGGGAGCUGAUGAUCCCAUCUAAAGCAUACAUUUUUGAAGGUCGAUUCAUGUACUUCUGGAUACUGCUACCCACAUGCUACUUUAUGUUCUUCACAUUCUUCGAACGUCCUCUUUUGUACGACCCAAGGUUACACACUUUUCUGUUCGAUCCACGUACCAACAUUUCACAACAAUUGGACCCCCACAUCUACGCCAACCUGCCACAUACUAUCAACAAUAGUAUAGUGAUUGUUUGCUUGUUAGCGUUCUAUCCGAUUAUCUGCGCAAGUCUGGCUUAUCAAAUAAAAAGGAAUCAAGCCAGUCGUAUAUCCACAAUGACAAAACAGAUUAUCUUGCAAUCAAUGGUAAUCUGUGGUUGUCAUUUUGUCGGGUGCUUCCUCUAUGUGUACACCCAGUACUUUCCUGUACCGAGCAUUUUCACGAUUAUUAGUAACCUUGCUUGGAUUGGCAAUCACGGACUACCCGGAAUUGUGUACCUCAGUCUAAACAAGACGAUACGCUGUCGAGUGCUGGCGCUGUUUGGAAUUCAACGAACGGAAGUGAGCAAAAUUGUCAUCAAACCGCACACACACUCCUUUGGACAUCCUUGA